AUCAGUCUUCUCCAAGCCCAGAUCGACUCUUUCGGAUCUUGCAACUUCGUCUCGGUUCGACCUGAUCUUCCUGUCCCAGCCAAGCAACAACAGCCAACAAGAUGGUCGCCAUCGAUCUCUCCACCUACGAUGAGGAGCAGGUUCGCCUCAUGGGCGAGAUGUGCAUCCUGACGGACGACAACGACCAGCCCAUUGGUGCUCAAACCAAGAAGUUCUGCCAUUUGAUGGAGAACAUCAAGCAGGGCAAGGCUCUCCACCGCGCCUUCUCCGUCUUUUUGUUCAACUCGGCCGGAGAGCUGAUGCUGCAACAGCGCGCCGACGAGAAGAUCACCUUCCCUGGAUACUUCACCAACACAUGCUGCUCGCACCCGCUCUUCGUCAAGGACGAGAUGGAGGUCGAGGAUCAGAUCGGCGCCCGGCGUGCUGCCCAGCGCAAGCUCUUCCACGAGCUGGGCAUCGAGGCCGACCAGGUCCCUCUGGACAAGUUCGAGUUCCUCACCCGCAUCCAGUACAUGGCCCCGUCGGACGGCCUCUGGGGCGAGCAUGAAAUCGACUACAUCUUCAUCGUGCGCGCUGAUGUCCAGACCAACCCCAACCCCAACGAGAUCAAGUCCAUCAAGUACGUCACCAAGGAGGAGCUCCAGAACCUCUUUGUCAACGCAGACAAGGAGGGCCUCAAGAUCACUCCCUGGUUCCGCUUGAUCGUCGAGACUUUCUUGUACAAGUGGUGGGACAACCUCGACAACCUGGCUGCCAUGAAGGACGUCGACACCAUCCAUAGACUGUAAAGGGUAUACCAAGCCCCCCUCCACUUCUCCCCCCUAUUGUUGUUCCUUGACCCCCGCAGGAGCGUGGGCGACCUGCAUCUGUCAUUUUACUGAAUAAACCCCCCAGUUCUGCCAAGAGACGGUAUAUUGCCCAACUGCAACACGGCAUCCCAGCCGGCCAUCACUGCGGACA